UUGGUGAAGCAAGAAGAUUUCUCACAUAUAUAAUUUAAUUGAUCCUGAAGCUUUUGAAUAUCACAACAAAUGUUCAUUAUUAUACUGAUAAUAAGCAUGAUAAAAUGUAUAAAAUGAUGAGAAAACUCAAAGUUAGAUCCGAAAAAAAUAAUUUUUUUUAAACCGGUUUGAUAAUUUAUUGAACUCUUUAUUUUUCCGUGCAAUUUAUGAACAACACGUGACAAAUGAAAAUAGCAUAUCAACUUUGUGUAAGCAAACUCUCAAGCUCUAAUUGUAGCACGCAAAUGUAAACUUAUUUGUUUAUUAGUUAUAAGAAACAUAAGAAUUAUUAGACCAACAUUAGCUUAAACUUUGAAUAGCCAAAAGAAUUCAAAUAGUUGUUUCAAGAGAUGUUAAUGGAUGAACCGGAUGAUGUUUGAUUAAGUUCGCUGGAUAAAAUAGAUAAACCAUUUUCAAAUGUUACGCGACUAAAUUUUGCUCCUGCAGAUAGAAUUUUGGCCAUCUUGUUAGCUUGACGAAAUUGAAGCAGAGUGGAGAAGUUGUGAGCUUGAAUUUUAAAGUUAUUCGCAGCGAUUUUAUCGUGAAAAUGGGCCGUCCGGGAAAAACCGGUAAACAAAAAAGUGAUGCUAAGCGAGCUAAUAAAAUCAACAUGGAGUUUCUUCCAAAUUUGCAAGUGAACCCAGCUCCGGGGAAAAGGGCUAAAAAGACCAUUGUUACCACAGCACCACCAACCGACCCGGCAGUUCCCGAGAUCGAUCCCAUGGCGCCAGAAGUUCCGGAGGACCUUUCGUUCGGCCUCUCCUCCGUUCCGGCAGACGCGACAGUGGUAAAACCGGAUCAGGAAACAGAUUCCCGAGCGGCAGUUCCAGAUGUCCCUGAGGAUCUCAGGAUCGACUCUCCCGCCAUUCUUGCCCAGCCAGCUUUUGCUGGGCGGGAAGUGUCUAUCGUCAAGCUAGUGUUGGCCGACGACGAGAACUCAGAUGCCGAGAAGGAAGCCUUGGGGAACGAAUCAAUGGAAGUGGUCCCAGACUACGCUGUCCUGCUAGUCCUACAAAACCAGGUGGCCGACCUGAAGCAGGAGAAUGAAGUCCUUAAACGGGACAACAAUAAACUCCGCAGUCUUAACAUGAAGCUCCAGGAAGCCCUCUUGGCUAGACCGACAGGGCAGAACUUCUCCGAGAUACCAGGAUAUCCAGACGCGAAAUGGCUGCUGGGCAUUUCGCAAAAUGCUCAGGACAGCGAUUAUCUUUUCGUGAAGGAGCUUGUCUUCCGGCUCUUCCCACAAGGGUUGGGCAAUGCUACUGUCUCUGGUAUGACAUCCAACAAUCCAUCGGGACGAGGGGGGAACAACGCAGUCGAAGGUAGAGAACCAGUCGAACAGCUGGAUCCUGAGAAGGUCAAAUACAUACGUGAGCGCCUACAUGAGAGACGACUAAUCCUCCAGGACGAGUUGGGGGUUGCUGUUCAACGUUCCCGGAGGACUGCAAGGCACAUUGCGGCUGUCAUUGCCAACAACCCUUCCCUACGUAAACUACCGCAGCAGUAGCACUCGCGCUGAGGCUUUACUAAGGAAGUUGAAUUACCUCAUGAUUUUGACUUGAAAGAGCGAAAAUGCUUUUCUGUUUUUAUGAAGUUUUUUGUAAACAUAAUAUUUUUAAUAAUAUUGAUCGUUUUUAAUAUGUUUUGAUAAUCAAUGGUUUUGUUAAACAAGCUGGUCUUAAAUACUUUUAGUAA